UCUAAAUCCUACUCUCACCUAGUGAUUCCCGCCCCUCCUCCGAUCCCUGCUUCCCCACCUCCCUCAUUCCUUGCCCUUGGCUCUGUGGAGGGGCGGGGCAGGAAAGGGGUCAGGCCUCUGCCAGACCCCCUCAUCCCGCCCUCUUCUUCUCUUUCCAAACCAACCCGAGGCCCAAGGGGACUUUGGAGCUGGGUAGGAAGAGCAGCAGGGCGGAGAGGUGGGGGUGUGCCUAGGGGCAGCGGUGGCCGGCUUUAUAAUCCGCCCAGUCACUGGAGAGGCGAGACGCGGGAGCCUCAGUGCGCGUCCGAAGCAGCGAGCGAGCGCCGCGGCUCAGCGCAGCUGGGACCAUGGUCAUCCCUGCCCGGGGCUGCCCGGGGCCGCUGGUCCGGCAGCUCAUCCUGCUGCUGACCUGUCUGCUCCUGCCGCCCACCCAGGCCCUGCCCACCGAGCUGAUGCCCGGGGACUUUGCCACAGACGAGGCCGGGGCGAAGCUCUUUGCCCAGAGCUACAACUCCACGGCGGAGAUCAUCCUGUACGAGAAAACCGCAGCCAGCUGGGCUUACAAAGUCAACAUCACCCAAGAGAACGCGAAGCGGCAGGAGGAAGCAGACCUACUGUAUCAAGAAUUCACUGAGGCUUGGGGUCAGAAAGCCAAGUCGCUCUAUGACCACAUCUGGAAGAAUUUCACGGACCCCCAGCUUUACAAGAUCAUCAGUUCUGUGAGGACCCUGGGCCCAGCCAAUCUGCCCAUAGACCAGCGACAGACGUACAAUACCUUGCUGAGCAAAAUGACCAGCAUAUAUUCUUCAACCAAAGUCUGCUUCCCCAACAAGACUGCCACCUGCUGGGCCCUGGAACCAGAGCUUACAGAGAUCUUGGCCUCCUCGAGAAGCUACACUAAGCUGCUGUUUGCCUGGGAGGGCUGGCACAAUGCAGUAGGGGUUCCUCUGAAACCUGAAUAUGAAGCUUUUGUCAAUCUCAGCAAUGAGGCCUAUAAGUUGGACGGCUAUGAAGACACAGGGGCAUACUGGCGUUCUUGGUAUGACUCGUCUACAUUCGUGGAUGACCUGGAGCGACUGUACCAACAGCUGGAGCCGCUCUACCUGAAUCUCCACGCCUUUGUGCGCCGUGGCUUGUACCGCCGCUAUGGGGAAAAGUACAUCAAUCUCCAGGGUCCCAUCCCUGCUCAUCUACUGGGAAAUAUGUGGGCACAGAGCUGGGGAAACAUCUAUGACAUGAUGGUUCCCUUCCCAGACAAGCCCAAUCUAGAUGUCACCAACACCAUGGUGCAGAAGGGCUGGAAUGCCACACACAUGUUCCGGGUUGCAGAAGAAUUCUUCACAUCUCUGGGACUGCUGCCUAUGCCUCCGGAGUUCUGGGCAGAGUCCAUGUUGGAGAAGCCAGAUGAUGGGCGAGAGGUGGUAUGCCAUGCCUCUGCCUGGGACUUCAACAACAGAAAAGAUUUUAGGAUUAAGCAGUGCACAAGAGUGACCAUGGACCAGCUGUCUACCGUGCAUCACGAGAUGGGCCAUGUGCAAUAUUACCUUCAGUACAAAGAUCUGCCUGUUUCCCUGCGAGCAGGAGCCAACCCUGGCUUCCACGAGGCCAUUGGGGAUGUGCUAGCCCUAUCUGUUUCCACACCCGCCCACCUACACAAAAUCGGCCUGCUAGACAAUGUUACUAAUGACAAUGAAGGUGAUAUUAACUACCUGUUAAAGAUGGCACUAGGAAAGAUCGCCUUCUUGCCCUUUGGCUACCUGGUGGACCAGUGGCGUUGGAGGGUCUUCAGUGGGGUCACAACUCCAUCCCAGUACAACUACGACUGGUGGUACCUUCGGAUUAAAUACCAGGGCAUUUGCCCUCCCAUUGCCCGGAAUGAAACUCACUUUGACGCUGGGGCAAAGUUUCAUGUCCCAUCUGCAGCACCAUAUAUCAGGUAUUUUGUGAGUUUUGUCCUUCAGUUCCAGUUCCACAAAGCCCUGUGUGCUGAGGCAGGCCACACCGGGCCCCUACACCACUGUGACAUCUACCAAUCUCAACAGGCUGGUGCCAAACUCAGGGAGGUGUUGCAGGCAGGUGCUUCUCAGCACUGGAAGGAUGUGCUGAAGGGGCUAACGGGCUCAGAGACCAUGGAUGUAGGACCUCUUCUGGAAUACUUCGAGCCUCUCACCGUCUGGCUCCAGCAACAGAAUCAGAUCAAUGGCGAGGUCCUGGGCUGGCCUGAAUUUGAGUGGCGUCCACCAGUGCCAGAUGGCUAUCCAGAGGGCAUUGGUAAUGUCCACAGGGGAAAACAGAGCUAGACCCCAAAUUCCUGGCGCUAGGGCUUGUUUCAUUUCUAGCAAAAGCCUUGAUGUUACUCCUGUCACUAGAAAGGCAGACUGUGGGUGAGAUCUCCCAUCCCACACACAUCAGAGAACUCUAUGAGCUCUUUAGAAGUGACUCUGGGAUUGGAAAACAUCCUACCCCCUUCUUAUGCCUUGGAGCUACUUCAUGAACUAAAAAAAUCCCUUCAGAUUCCAAGCUGAUCCAUAGGUUCCGAGUUCUUAAUGCCCAGCCUCUGUGAGGUUAAACUAUGAUCUAUGUUCUGAUUGGCUGGGGUAUUGGAUUGCUUGGCUCUGCUGAUCAUGGGUCGAGGUUGGGUGCAUCAAGAUACACUCCCAUUCCUUUAUUGUGGGCAGCUCUUAUGUCUUCUCAGUUUGGGAAAAACUCAGAGCCUGGGUGGAGGUCAGGCUUGGAGAAAAGGGAAGGGAGAAGGGAGGGGACUAUUAGAAGCAGAAAGGGGAAGGGGAGAGGAAAAGGGAAUCAACUAAUCCAUUAAAUGAACAUUUAUUGUUUGUUAUGCAUGCCAGCCACCUGUGCUAAAGCACUGUGGUUUCAAAGACAAAGAAGAAAUAUGGAAAUGGUUUCCAUAAUUGUACAUGUAUAACCUGUAUCUGAUUGUUUAUCACCUCAGGGAUUGGGGAGGGGAGGGAGGGAAAGCCGGAGGGAUGGAAUUUGAAACUCAAAACUUUGAAUAAAAAUGUUAAUCAAAGGUAAGGAAACAGGAAGAAACUUGAUGAGAAAAGAGAGGGGGGAGAGAGAUGGGAAGAUAGAGCGAACUGGGAGGGUGGCUUGCCCUAACUGGGAGAAGCCAGAAGGGAAGGUGGAAGAGGGGUGGAGUUCUCCUCCCUCUUCUGGCGCACCCCCAUUCCCCUCCACUGCCCUGCAACCUAGGACCCUGACCAUCCAUCUCUGGGGCCCCAUGCGGCCUUUCUAUCACCAUCAUCAUCAUUAUUGUUACUAUUAUUUUUUACUGAUUGUUAUUAUUAUUAACAACAACAACAACAAUAGCAUUUAUAUACUGUUUUACAAAUACCAUCUAAUUUUUUCUCCACAACCCUGGGAAGUGAGAUCCUAUUAACCCCAUUGUACAGAAGAGGAAACUGAAGCAGGCAGUGGUUACAUGACUGGUCUGCAACCACAAACUUAGUAAGUUUCUGAGGUAGAGUUUGAACUCGGUACUUCCUGGCUCUAACCAUUUGACACAGACUGCUUUUUUUUUUUUUGUAAUAAAUAUUUUUAUAUAUAGUUUGGGCUUCCAAUUUUUAUUUCUCCUUCCCUCCCUCCUCCCUGAAGCAGCAAGUAAUCAGAUAUGGGUUG